UCCGGCUCCGUGACGCGGCGCCGAACGGAGCGGGAGGAGCGGGCGGGCCGGGGCGGAGCGGAGUCGUCCGCAAAGCAGCCCCUUCCGGCCGCGGCCGCCAACCCCGGCCCCCGGCCCCGCCUGGCUCUAUGGACAGGAGCUCGCUGCUGCAGCUUAUCCAGGAGCAGCAGCUGGACCCUGAGCACACAGGUUUCAUCGGUGCGGACACCUUCACCGGCCUGGUGCACAGCCAUGAGCUGCCCCUGGACCCGGCCAAGCUGGACAUGCUGGUGGCCUUGGCCCAGAGCAACGAGCGGGGCCAAGUCUGCUACCAGGAGCUGGUGGACUUGAUCAGCAGUAAACGCUCAAGCAGCUUUAAGCGGGCCAUCGCCAACGGACAGAGGGCACUGCCCCGGGACGGGCUACUGGAUGAGCCAGGCCUGGGUGUCUACAAGCGGUUUGUGCGCUACGUCGCCUACGAGAUCCUGCCCCGAGAGGUGGACCGCCACUGGUACUUUUACAGACACCGCAGCUGCCCACCCCCCGUGUUUAUGGCCUCAGUCACCCUUGCCCAGAUCAUCGUGUUCCUGUGCUACGGGGCUCGUCUCAACAAGUGGGUGCUGCAGACCUACCACCCUGAGUACAUGAAGAGCCCCCUCGUGUACCACCCCGGCCACCGUGCUCGAGCCUGGCGCUUCCUCACCUAUAUGUUCAUGCAUGUUGGCCUGGAGCAACUAGGGUUCAACGCGCUCCUGCAGCUGAUGAUUGGGGUGCCCUUGGAGAUGGUGCAUGGUCUGCUCCGCAUCAGCCUGCUCUACCUGGCUGGUGUGCUGGCAGGCUCCCUGACUGUCUCCAUUACCGACAUGCGGGCCCCUGUGGUGGGGGGCUCUGGUGGGGUCUACGCCCUGUGCUCGGCACACCUGGCCAACGUCGUCAUGAACUGGGCUGGGAUGAGGUGUCCCUACAAGCUGCUGAGGAUGGUGCUGGCCUUGGUGUGCAUGAGUUCCGAGGUGGGCCGGGCCGUGUGGCUCCGCUUUUCCCCACCACUGCCUGCCUCAGGCCCCCAGCCCAGCUUCAUGGCACACCUGGCAGGUGCAGUGGUAGGGGUCAGCAUGGGUCUGACCAUCCUGCGCAGCUAUGAGGAACGCCUGCGGGACCAGUGUGGCUGGUGGGUGGUGCUGCUCGCCUAUGGCACUUUCCUGCUCUUUGCCAUCUUCUGGAACAUCUUCGCCUAUGACCUGCUGGGCGCCCACAUCCCUCCACCACCCUGAUGGGCUUCCCAGGGCCACACGGGCCAGGGCACAGGUGUAUGUGGGCCAGCCACCAGGCGAGUCUGCAUGUCCGCCCUCUCUGAAUGUACAUCUCAAGACUGCUUCUCCUCCGUGGGGGCAGGUGGCCCCUGCAACUCACUGAGUCCAGGCCAAGCCUUACAUCAGCCCUGGCUGCCCCUUCCCAGGCCUGGGGAGGUAGGACUGCCUGGCUAGGCAGGGGAGGUCCCCAGGUGUGGCCCCAGAGGAGACCCUGCCCCAGCCUCUCCCCUACGAUUUGCGGUCUGAGCCUUUUUGGAGAAUGAAUAAAUAUUUUAC